UAUACGACAAGUUUACGUUGGCUUGGGGCCACCCACUGAAUAUUGAGGGUAUUUACGCCAAUUAAUCUUCUGUAAGGAAGUCUUUUUCUUUUUGGUAACUGUAAGGCAGUCUCUUUGACCUACUCCUUAGAAAGGUCUCUUCUAGCUACUCGUUUGCAGUAUUGAAAUUCUCAGAAUCCACUGAUCGCAUAUGGUUCAAUCCCAAACCAAAACAUCAAGCAUGAAGAUCUGCCAGGUACUGGCCCUGCCUUAUCCUGGUAGAGGCCAUAUCAAUCCCAUGAUGAAUCUCUGCAAGCUACUCGUUUCAAGGCAACCUCAUAUUCUCAUCACUUUUGUCGUCACUGAAGAGUGGCUUGGCUUCAUUGGUUCCGAAACCAAGCCGGAGAACGUCCGGUUCGCUACUGUUCCCAAUGUUAUACCGUCUGAGCUUGAUCGCGCCAAGGACUUUCCUGGCUUCUUGGAAGCUGUUUUCACAAAGAUGGAAGCUCUUUUUGAGAAGCUACUGGAUGAGCUAGAGUUCCCAGUGUUUGCUAUCGUAGCUGAUUCUUACAUGCGUUGGGCUGUUGAUGUUGGUAACCGGAGGAACAUUCCGGUGGCUUCGCUUUGGCCAAUGUCUGCAUCUGUAUUUUCAGUUUUUCAUCAUCAUGAGCUCCUUCUUAAAAAUGGGCAUUUCCCAGUUGAACUUUCAGAGCGUGGAGAAGAGGUGAUGGACUACGUCCCCGGACUUCCUUCAACAAGGGUAGCUGAUCUUCCAUCUGCUUUGUAUGGAGGUGAAAGACAAGUUUUACAUCGGGUCCUGGAGAGUGUUUCAGGGGUGUCAAAAGCACAGUAUCUUUUCUUCACUUCAGUCUACAAGCUUGAAGCUCAAGUGAUUGACAAAUUAAGAGCGGAAUUCCCUUUCCCCGUUUACCCGGUUGGACCUACCAUACCCUACUUUCAACUCACAGACGACAACUCUUCACUAACUACAAGUCUCAAUGGUCUUAACUACCUCAAGUGGCUGGAUUCUCAGCCUAGUGGCUCAGUCUUGUACUUCUCAUUGGGAAGUUUUCUAUCAGUUUCCAGUGCCCAGAUGGAUGAAAUUGUGGCUGGGGUUCGCAAUAGUGGUGUUAGGUAUUUGUGGGUAACUCGUGGUGACACUUCUAGGUUUAAAGAUGGGGGGGAUGAUAAGGGGAUUGCAGUGCCUUGGUGUGACCAACUGAGGGUGUUGUGCCAUUCUUCCAUCGGUGGAUUUUGGACACAUUGUGGUUGGAGUUCCACUCUUGAAGGGGUUUAUGCUGGAGUUCCAAUGCUUACUUUUCCAAUAAUUGCGGAUCAAGUUCUAAAUAGUAAGCAAAUUGUAGAGGAUUGGAAGAUUGGAUGGAGAGUAAAGAAAGAGGUUGCAAGUGAAAGUCUGGUGACAAGAGAAGAAAUUUCAGAGCUAGUACAAAGGUUUAUGGAUAGAAACAGUGGUGAGAAGAAGGAGAUGAACAAAAGGGCUAGAAAACUUCAAGAAAUUUGUGAAGUAGCAGUUGCAGAGGGUGGAUCAUCUAUAACAAAUAUUGACGCUUUCCUUGAGGAUAUUUCACAAAACCUCUCCAAAUGAAGCAAUUAAGUUAAUGUACCCCUAUGAAGAUUGGUAGUCAGGCAACAUUCUUCUCUUGAAGUGGAUUAGAACAUUGUUUGAGACCUUUUUUGAAUAAUUAAUUUAUAUACUUGUCUCACAAAAUGGAUAAAUAAUAAUUAUUUUUU